CAACAGAAGACAUCAGCUGUGUCAUCAAAAUGGUGAAGAGCACAGAGAAUUCACGUUAUUUUCAGCCACACAAGAGAGAUCAUUGUGUCUCGACACUAAUAGGGGGGAGGGAGUGAGCAAGCAAGCAAGGAAGAGCGAGACACAGAGGCAUCAUACAGCUUGUUCCUUCAUCACACUCUGUCUACCUCUCUCUGUGUCUCCCUCCCUCUUCUCACACACCAGCGAUUUCUCUCUCCCUUUUCUCUCUCAAUCUCACACACAAACAUACAUACGCAUAUACUCUCACACACCUCUCUUUUUCACUUUCUCUCACAAACAUACGUUAGUACACACCCUCUCUUGCUCAGAGUGUGAUCUGUUAACAUGAUAGAGAAGUGUUCCCCACACACUAGGAAAAGCAUGAUUUCAAAAUGAAAAUGAGAAGACCUUGAAGGCAGAAAACGACAAAUGUUCUUCUGAGGAAUGAGAACAUCAGUCACCCAUUUUUAAAUUGUGUCUUGGGUGAAUUGGCCUUAAACUAAUAACAUAAUGGACCUCUCGUUUAUGGCUGCGCAGAUCCCUGUCAUGACGGGAGCAUUCAUGGACUCCCCCAACGACGACUACAGCACUGACCAUUCGCUCUUCAACUCCUCAGCCAGUGUCCAUGCAGCUGCAAUCAUAGCCCACGGGCAACAGGAGGAGCCGCAGCCCAUGUCUCGGGAUGCAAUCUGGCUGUGGGUCGCCAUCAUUGCCACCAUCGGCAACAUUGUGGUAGUGGGCGUGGUCUAUGCCUUCACCUUCUGAUUUGUCCCUGAAAUGCCCAGACUGCAGGGGCUGGGGGACAGGGGUUUCAGGGCCAGCAUGGAUUACCAGAUUCUAAUCUCCUGUUUUACAUUCCUCACUUAAUGCACAGAAUCUCUUUAUUUGGUUAUUUUUUAAAGGAUUGCUAUUGUCAUAUACAUCUAACAAUGAAUAGUGAUAUUCUCAAUUCAUAGUGAUUUUCACAGAGAUAUAUUUUUUUAAUCAUGAUCCCUUUUAUUUGGCAGGGGCACAGACAUGAAACGGAAAUGAGGAAUUUGGCUUGUAAGAAUGCUCGGACUGGAAAGGGUUAAUGUACAGAAUGUCAGUUGGUUUUUAAAGGUUUUGGUACUGUCAUAUACAUAUAACAAUCAGUAGUGAUAUUCCCAAUUCAUAAUGAAGAAAGGCAGUACAAUUAAAUUACCAGAAUUUAUUUUCAGUAUGUGUGCAUAGUCACAUGUACACAAACACACACACAAAUAAAUUCAAACACAAAAAAUGUACACUGCCUACCUGUAAUAUUUAUUUUGCUUAAAGUAAAUAUUCUAUGUAAUUCUGUAAAGACAUAUUAAAUUAUAUUAAAGAGCUUUAAAUGGAUAGUAGACAAUAUUAGUACAGCACUCCAACAUUAUUUACAGUACUCUGCAACACCUUUUCAGUUCAUUUCAAAGUUGCCUUCAAAUGAGUCCUUGGCAAGUAUAACAGAAUCAAAAAUAUGUAAUUCAAUACAUUUUGUUGUGACUGCAGUGUUCAUCAGUACAGGGUGUUUUAUUUUUAUUUUUAUUAGGACAGUAACAGAAAAAACUAUUUUUCUUGAAUAUUCAUAAUGGUUAUUUUUCUCACAACAGGAAAUUCCUUCUAAAUAUGGUUCCCCUCACUGCAAUCUUCCACUUCUUUAUCUACUUCUCAUAAAAUGAGCCGAGUGGUGACGUGACAAUCUUUUUCAGUAUAUUUACUUUUCCAUGUUGCAAGAUGUAGGCAUCAUGGUUUUUAUAUUUUCAAAUAUUCACGUGUGACUGCAUUUUCAUUUUGACCACCCACCUUUAAAAUAAGCUUUUAUCAUAACUGACUGUGCUUUUAGCCUCAUAAAAUGAGACCAAUUACUGUUCCUUUUUAAAAUAUGAUUUAUUUAAUAUGAGCUGUGACAGCAGUAUGCCUGUUCCCUCAAUCUAAAUUGACAAUCUACUGAGCUUUGUUACUAUUCAAAUAACAAAUAAACACGGUAUGGUUUAAUUUA